UACAACACUGUCGCCGAGGUUACCGGCGAUGUAUUGGAGUCCGGCUCAGUCACACGCGUCAUUCUAGACUGCAAGGAGGGCACCAAGGAACCCCUGGUUGAGGUUGAUCCGGAUUUUGUCAAACACCUGAAACCUCACCAAGUCCAGGUGAUUCCUCGAGGUGGCUUAAUGGAACCACAGUUCCUCGUAUUACCUGUACCCGGGGGUGCACCGGCACAUCCAUUUGGGGGUUCAGUGGUCGUGCCUGUCGACCUUGUACUACCGCAAUGA